AAGGAAAAACCAUAUUCUUGUGAAAUUUGCAAAAAGACAUUUGUUCAGAGUGGAAAUCUAAGGACCCAUUUCAGGACACAUACUAAAGAAAAGCCAUACUCUUGUCAAAUUUGUAAAAAGACAUUUUCGAGGAGUGGAAAUUUGAAAGUUCAUUUGAGGACACAUACAAAGGAAAAACUAUAUUCUUGUGAAGUUUGCAAAAAGACAUUUGUUCAGAGUGGAAAUCUAAGGACCCAUUUCAGGACACAUACUAAAGAAAAGCCAUACUCUUGUCAAAUUUGUAAAAAGUCAUUUUCUGAGAGUGGAAAUUUAAAAGUUCAUUUGAGGACACAUACAAAGGAAAAACCAUAUUCUUGUGAAAUUUGUAAAAAGUCAUUUUCUCACAGUGGAGGUUUACAGAGCCAUUUGAGGACACAUACUAAAGAAAAACCAUACUCGUGUGAAAUUUGUAAGAAGUCAUUUUCUCACAUGGAAGUUUGA